AUGAUGAAUUUGACUGACCUUACCAGCAAUGGCACCAAUUCAGCACCCAGUCUAUCUCUAAUAAUCAAGGGGUGUGUGGUGAUCCCCAUUUUCUGCAUCUUCUUCUACUUCAUCGUGGUUAUGCUCCACACCUUUGCCUCUCACAGACAGUUCCUGGACAACUCCCGCUACAUCCUGUUUGCCUACAUGCUGAUCAACGACACCCUGCAGCUCCUCACAUCUAUCCUCCUCUUAUUUUUGUUUGUGGUGAAAAUAAGGCUCGCCAUGGUCUACUGUGCUCCUCUACUCUUCUUUUCUACUGCUACCUUCCUCAACACUCCUCUUAUCCUGGCUGCUAUGUCCCUGGAACGUUACGUGGCCAUCAUGUACCCACUGCAGUGCCCGGCCGCUUGGCGUGCUGAUCGUAUCUGGAUAAUCAUCUUGAGUCUGUGGCUGGUCAGCUCAAUCCUGCCUAUCGUAGACUUUUCUCUGGGUGAGCCUCAGCCUGGCAUGAAUAUCCUCUCCACCCCAGUACAGUGCAAAACCACGGUCCUUAAUUCAUCCCCCAUUCAGACACUAUUCAAAGUGUCUCUCAACGGACUAUUCUUUGCUGUGGUGGCAUCCAUCAUCGUGUUCACCUACAUGAGGAUCCUCCUGGAGACCAGGAAGAUGCGCGCUGACCAGGCGUCAGUGGGCAAGGCCAUGCAUACGGUGGUGCUUCAUGGCUUCCAGCUGCUGCUGUGCAUGAUUGCCUUCACUCAACCGAUCACAGAGAGCCUUAUUGUUGGUCUGCUGCUGGAGCACAUGUCCUUCUUGAACUACUUCUGCUUCAUCCUGCUGCCCCGUUUCCUCAGCCCACUUAUUUACGGCCUGAGAGACAAAAGCCUGAGGGGCUACAUAAGGGGAGCAAUCCUGUGUUGUUCAUGCAGACACGUGGUCAGGGUCAGCCCCAGAGCCGCUACACAUAAACCCUGGGUAAAAUGA